AUUUAUAAAUAUUUAUAAUAAUAUUUUGUGCUAUCUGGGAUGUAAAAAAAAUUAAUAUUUAAAAUUUGUUUGGCUUCGAGAUAUUCAAGUAGGGGACGUAAAACGCCCUUAUUAAUAUUCAAAAUUUAUUUGGCUUCGGGAUAUUCAAGUAGGGGACGUAAAACGCUCUCGCGAAUAAAAUUUUUUUUCAAUUUUUGCAUUUUUUUGUUGGGCAGAUGCAAAAAUAGACUUAAAAACAUCUGGAUACAGGUGCAAAUGUAGGGAGCCGGAAGAAUUACAAUGCAGAUAUAUUUAAAGAGUACGAAGAGAAAAUUAAAGUCCUCUAAUUGCAUUCGAAUAUCAGUCACGUGACGUGUCACAUAAUCCGACGUAAAACCCAUCCUGUUUUUCCUUCCGCGCGGGAGACGCACGGGAAUGCGACGGAAAUGGGUCACGGGAACGCAACGGACGGUAAUUCAAAGGAGCCGAAUAAGCAGCAGCCGGCGGUUUGGUGACGACGGCGGCGAGACGAGACGAGGCGUGAGACGCAGCUGCUGCGUCUUGGAUGGACAGUGAACCUGCUACCUGUACGUGUAACUUGCGCGUAUACGUGUGUUAACACCGGUGGGGUACGUGACCCCACCUCCACCGGAGGACUAUCACUGCCUGCCUGCCUACCUAUUCAGGGGAUCAUCUUCCCGAGUAAAAGCCGAGUACCGAACGAGCGUGGGCACAGACAGCAUCAUGCGCUUGGUAGCCAUAACAAUUUUAAUAGCCUGCCUCAGUCUGGCUAGGUCUCAGAAAUCUGAGAGUUUAGCUAAGGCUUUUGAAAUUGCACCGCCCCCGGUUAAACUCGACAAAAAUCUACGACAAGCUUUGCUGAAGGCGCUGACAGAAUUGGAGGCUGAAUCCGUGGAGCAUCGAAAGGAUGAAGACGAAAAAUCGCUGAUUAUGACUGUCGAAAAGUCCUUCGAAGAAGUGACCAAGAAAAAUCUGAAUAAAAACAUUGGCGUGAUACCAAAGGCCUCUUUCUCGUUCGACGGUUUUCCGGGGGACGAGGAGAUUCCCAAUGAGGAGAAAUUGCAGAAUUCGAGCUUUCUCGAGUCAAAGAGAUAUGUCUCCUCGAGCCCGUCGGCGAUGAUAGAAAAAGCGAGUCACGACGACACCAGAAGCUUCCACGUGCAGAACGUGGUGCUGCCAAAUAAAAGUACAACGCCGCAAACUGUAUCUAAAACGGACCCACUGGAAACGAAGACUCCGAAAACUUCCGCGGUGUUGCCUACGGUGAGUAAGGUUGAGAGUAUUACGUUGAAGCCGAUCACCCAAAUAUCAGAGAGCUUGACACAAAGUGCCAGCAACGGGAUUACUGGUACCAACGGACUGAUCGUGCCGAAACCGACUGCAUCUAGUCUGACAAUUCCGCUCAAAAAUAAUGUUACUUCGUCUUCUAUCGCUAAUAAGGAGACGGCUCAGGCGGAGGAAGUGAAAAUUUUCCAGGCGCCUCUGGUAGCGGCCUUCACGGUGCAGCAGGACGAGCUUGGUGUGCCGAAGAGCAUCGUACCGAUUUACAGACAAUCAGGCAAUGGAGAAGCUUUGACUCUUCAGGAGCAGUUGGAAUUCAGGCAGAAAUUACUGGAGAAGCAGUUAGCGGAGCUGCAUCAGCAACAGAUCCAGCAGACGCAGUUUCUUGUCAGGCAACGUCAACUCUACGAUCAACAGUUGAGACAGAAGCAGCAGCAGCUGUAUCUUCAGGAACAGGCUAGAAUCAAGCAAUUAGAGGAACAAAAUAAAAUCAAACAAUUGGAGGAGCAGAGGAUCUACCGUUUGCAUCAGAUCAAUCGUUUCCCAGUGCUGCAGAAACCGCACAUUUUUGAACAGUCAAACGUAUUGUCGUUUCAACCGCCUCUAGAGUCUACCGUUCUCUUCCAACCAAGUGUUUCCCUGGAGGUUCCCAGCGUUGCGACGCCGCCAUUGUUCCGCAACUAUCAGGAGCAGAUACAUUUCUCGCAGUUCCGUCAGCAACCUCAGCAUUCUCAGCAGCUUCAGCAUCCCUCGCAGCCCCAGCAUCUUCCGCAGCCCCAGCAUCUUCAGCAGCCUCAGCAUCCUCCGCAGCCUCAGCCUCCUCCGCAGCCUCAACAUUCUCAGCAGCCGCAGCAGCCUCAGCCUCAGCAACAGCGAUUGCAACAGAAUUUCGUUUCAUUUCCUACCGACUUCCAACCACCCGUGGCACCGGCAACUAGAUUUAAUAGACAGGAAGCCUUUAACGCAGUUGGCAAUUUCGGUUUUAACCUGGAUAACAAGCAACCGCCUUCGUCGAGGAACGCGUUCAACUUCAACGCGGCCCCAAGAAACCCGAAUACAAUACAACAACCGUUCGUUUACAAUCCCUAUCUACAGUUCAGACAAAUUCCAACGAGGGCGCAAACGCCUGCCAAGCAGAUCCAGCGUUUGAUUUAUCAGUCGGGAGUCGCUGGCGAGUUGGGCAACGUACAGGGUCCAGGUGAUGAGGAUCUUAACAUCGUGUCCAAGGUAUUAGCGCUUAACGUUGGCGCGUUGCCCGGCAAAAACUAUCAAUUUAUCACGAAUAAUCGCGGCAAAUUAGGCAGCGCGUGAAGACAGACAGACAGACGUAUCAAUGUAAAACUUCGACGAGUCGUGUAAAUCACUACAGGACGAUAUUAGCAAGGUGAAAUCGAGCUCUCUCUUUUUCUCUCCGUCCCUCUGUCUCUUCUUGCUCUCCUUGCUUCUCUCUUUCAUCCUUCAUCCGUCCUCUUUCUAUCUUGGCUUAUUCCUUACAUGGAUAUCUUCUAAUUUCUCGAAACUUUGACAUUGACACACACACGCACACAUCGACGGCACACAAAGUCACUGGACAUAAUCGCGGAUUUUACAUACCCUUCUCCUCGCACACACGCACAUACACAUAUGCGUACAUACCAUACGUACAUAUGGAGAACGGUUAUUCAUAGCUCGCGAGAGGACGCGGGAUGACUCGGUAAGUUUAAUAGUACUCGAGUCAUGACGAUAGUAACCUUGAACAGCAUCCACCAAGUGAAAUCGAAUCGUUGCGAAUCGAUUUUGCCCUCGGUGAGUUACCUCCGCGAAAUUUUACUCUCCGUCAUAUCUCGACGAUAGAAGCGUGAGACUAAUAGUAGAAUAGCGCUUCAUCAGGGAGGGAGGGAGAAUCGGCAUAACGAGGAAGCCAUUUCCUUAGCGGGCGUAUAAUGGUAUUAAUUACGAUUGUAUGUAUCUUAAAACAAGGGCCUGCCUUCCCGUGCUCGAUUACGCAAGUUCGCACCCAGCUCGUGACACAGACACUGUAUAUAAUUGUGUGACUCCAGCUCCGCUUCCUUGUCCCUUUUGAUUUUCUCUUCCAUUCUUGAAUACCGCGCUCGCGACGUGAGCACCGCCAAGCCUUCGUCGAUAAAUAGCAAGAGCCACCGCUCAACGGCAGAGAGCCGCGAAGAAGCACGUAAUCAUAAAACGUAACCGUAGCAGUAAGCAUAUUUAUGUUAACAGGAGGAGGAUUAAUCCAUGCGCCUGACAUGGCAGGAAAGAAGGUGAAAAUCUCGCCGGACUCGCAUUAGUUAUAUUACGUCCCACUUGGAUUUGACCAUAAUGAUGCUCGGGAGGGAAAAAUGUCUCGUAAUUGAUUCUCGGCAAGUGCGGCUGGCAAAUUUGCUAAAGCUAUUUUCCAAAGUUAUCAAGUGAAAUACAAUUUUUCAACAUUACAUGUGUGUUGAAUUUCUAAUAAAUGUGCGUCCAAUAAAUUUCAUUUAUCCUUUAGCGAAAAAAGGAAAAAAAAAACGGUUAAAUCACCUAAUCACUUUCUCGGUUACAUUGCCGUUAAGAAAAGGUCAAAUCCAAGUUCGUCAAAGAUCAAAACUCUUAUUGAUUAGCUCAUGUCUUACAAUGUAGCCUGUGUGUAUAUUGUUCGAGUUAAUUCUAACGAGACGCACACAAAGAGCUCGCUCGGGAUCAGGGGUCUCGCGAAGUCGUGCAUCGAGCCGCGCAUCGGGAUUGAAAACGCUUCUUCGACUGUAAAUAAACUUUCCCCGGCGGGUACCACACAAUGCCGACGAGGAAGCCGCCGACGCGAGAGACACAUCUCUCGCGUGUAUAUACGUGUAUGUCCUCAAUUUCACAAACGUUUGGCACAGAUCCGUGAUUUCACCCGGCGGGCGAAUCGGCGAAUCUCGUGGGACAUCGGCGUCUCUCUUGUCAUACUAAAAGUUCAGUUAAAUUUAUAGAUAAUCACGUUAAUUUAUCACAUCUCUCGGUGCGGUUAUCAACUGAAAUCAACAAACGAAAACGCUAUUAUAACUUAUCUCGUUAUCUCCCCGCGCGUAUGAAUUACAUGCGUCCCGUGCAUGUUGCUCGCAUGUAGAAAAGAAUGCAAUUUGCCGCCAUUCUCCUUCUUACAAAUUUUCUUUACAAUAAUCCGGCAACGUCGUUUCCGCAGCGCUACUUAUUUAUUCGAUUCGACGUCCACAUAAUUGAUCUAAUAUAAUGAAUUGCCAGCGAAUUUGCGUUUAUCGGUAAAAGACUCGAUUAAAGACUUGAUUAAAGACUUAAAGCUUUGUCUUGAAACUGAAAUUGAUGUUGGACGCGGUGCACCUUCGGCGAGAGUGACUGCGUGAGCGAAAGUUGGUGGCGAUUCGUUCAUAAAAUGCGAGUCCUUUACAACAAGCGCUAGCUGAGGCCUGCGCGACUGAAUGUAACAUUAAAAUAAAAUAACAUUAAAAUAUAGAUAGUCUUAGACGUAAUCUCUCGUAAUUAUAAUUUGCUUAUAAUUUAUCUGAUGCUGGAUUGUACGAACACUUGUGUAUAAAUGUUAAUAAACUAAUUUGUUUACCAAAA